GGCGACAUCUUCUCAGCAAGCUCCAGGACUCUCAUCCUCCACGCCUGCAAUUGCGAAGGCUCCUGGGGCGGCGGCAUCGCUCUCGCCUUUCGCAAGCACUACCCGCAAGUAUUCAAGAUCUACGCCGACCACUGCGCGAAGUUCAAAGGACGAAUGGGAGAGCUGGUCGGCACGAGUCUGUUGAUUCCGCCGGCGAUUAAGGGUGUGGAAGCGAAGAAGGGCCAUUGGAUUGGAUGUUUGUUUACGAGCGGGUUCAAGGGUAAGAAGAAGGACUCGCCGAAGAAGAUCCUCGAGAGUACGGAGACUUCGAUUGGGGAUCUUGUGGCGCAGGUUAAGAAACUUGGGGGUGGAGGUGCGGGCUGGGGUGAGGAUUCGCCCAUCACCUCCGUCCGAAUGUGCAAAAUCAACUCCGGCCUCUUCAACGUGGAGUGGGAGCGUACGGUAGAAGUGUUGGAG